ACUAGUGGAUAGGGCUACUGUUAAUUACGUAUCAGCUGCAAAGUGAAUGUAUUUUAAUGCAAGUUCAGGGUGCGGCAACAUUUUAUUUAUAUAUUUAAUCUUACCUCUGAGCAUAAGAGAAAGGGAGUGUUUUAUAAAACGAGAAAUUAAAUUGGAAUCGGUUCGGUGCUUUUUUUUAGCAAUAUUAGUUUAUCUAUAAAGUACUGAAAGACAUUUAAAGUGCUUACAUUGGUGCCGAAAAUGCACACGAACUCCAUUUUAUUUUCUGCUGUAAUAAUGGCAGCAGUGUCACUGAUUUUGACCACUGCAGCUGCUGCUGACCCGAGGGAUUUCUGUUUCUGGACUAAAGUCACGUCGAACGGUGAGACCCAUCUCAGCUUCCUCCGACACCACAGAGAAACUCACCACCCCUCAUCCCUCCAUCUCUACCACAGUGUGUGGUCCGUGGAGAAUAGACUGGUCAACUGCGCAGUGAUUGACGACACGGCCGUUACAGACAGCUACAUGUCUGUGUGUCGGGAGAAGAGCACCACAGGAGAGUUCUCUGACCGUCCUUGUGAACGUUUUGAUGUCAGUGCGCAGUCUGAACUAGAAAGCCACUGCGCUCCUGUUAGCUCUCCAACGGUCACCCAGCGCGAAGCCGUUGGAGAUGCCUCUGAGGAACAUACAGAGACAAGGAGUAAGAGGCACGCACGGAGCGUUAUUGAUGAUAUAGCGUUCCAGAAUCCUCUUGGAGACGGUGGUGACAGUUCCAGGGAUGUGACUCAAGCCCACCGGCGCGUAAAACGUGGCCUCAUCGUGCCGGGAACGCUUUGGUGCGGCUCAGGGAACAAGGCGGAGACCUAUGACGAUUUAGGUGUGUUUGCGGAGACAGAUAGUUGCUGCAGGGAGCAUGACCAAUGUCAGGACACCAUCCUGUCGUUCGAGACCAACUAUGGAGUUUUCAACAAAAACAUUUUCACCCUGUCCCACUGCCACUGUGAUAACAGGUUUCGCCGGUGUUUGCUGGGGGCUGAGGACAGUAUUUCAGACACAGUGGGAUACGUCUUCUUCAACCUGCUGAAGAUGCACUGCUUUGAGUUCUCCCACAGACUACAGUGCUCUCAGAGGAACUGGUUUGGCAUGUGUCAACAGUAUGAGAUGUCUCUGUAUGCUGAGGUCCAUCCUCCCACCUUCUACAACUCCACCCAGCCAGACCCUGACUUACAGGAGGAUGAAAUGGCUGUCAAUACCACCACUACCAUCUCCACCCCCACUUCCACCUCCCCCUCCAACUCUACCACCUCCACCUCUUUCUCUUCCACCACCUCCAUCUCCACCUCUCCCUCCACCACUUCGACCUCUCCCACCACCUUUCCCUACAUUGCCACUUCCACCUCUCCCUCCUCCUCCUCCACCCCCACCACUCCUUCCAGUGCUGCCCCAGCAGACCUUACCACAGGGGGUCAGAGUGGAACACCAGCCUCUGGCUCGCCUGUCAUCCACCCUUACCCUGGAGAGGACAAUAUGGCUACCAAUACUUCCCCCACCUCCACCACUGGCACUGCUACUGCUAUAGGGACCCAGAGUAGCACCUCGGGCCCAGCAUCGGCUUUGGCCUCGCCAGCUGAACCCACCCACCAUAAUGGCCUGACUCUGCCUAAGUCUAACCAGGACGCAGCAAGCCCAGGGAAGCAGCAUGUGUAUGUGUGUGAUGUAUACAGAGACCUGGAUGACUGCAGGUUUAAGAUCCCUCCUCACCAGAAGAGAUACAGCCUCCUCAACCCAGAACCCAGGACCCUCUUCCACUGCAACUGUACCAGCAGACUGUCUGAGGUUCUGGUUCAGCAGAAGGAGAUAUCUGGGGUUCAGACUAUCCUGUUGAAGUACAUCUCUCUGUCCUGUUUCACAUUACAGCCACAGGUCUGCACACAGCGGACAAGCUGCUCGGCUUCUCUGGUCAAACCCUCUGCUCAGCUGGAGCAGCAGAAGAACAAUGGUGGAGACAUGGAGGAGUGGCGCCAUCUACAGGCCGCUGGCCACAACGGCAGGAGGCCCAAAUCUAGAUGGGCCAAACGCAGACUACACAAACUCUGCCUCAGGAUGACCAGGAAGCACAGUCAAUGUGCUUUAGUAGAAGAUGCAGUGCCAAUGUGAUGUAAUGUUGCCUGAUCUAUUUAGCCAUCCCAUUUCCUCCCCCAUGGGAUUUAGAUACUAUUUAUUUUUGUAAUUUACAUUUUAGUCAUUGUAAAUGAUUCACUUUAAGAUAGCUAGGUGAGACAUCCACAUCAGCAAACUCAGUGCAAGUAGGAAAAAAGACAAGUGCAAGUUUUUGUUGUUGUUGGGGGGGAUAGGACAUAUACUAAUAACAUCUACUAAUAGCAGUUGUAAAUAGUGAUAUGUGUAUCAGGGCCUUACUGCUGUAAAGGAAAAACGAUGUUUCACGUCCUGAAUGUAAAUAUCUAAGCUACUGUACUAUAGUGUAAAAUACUUUUUUUUAAACUACUGUCUAUGCUCAGCAUUCAUUUAAUACUUUAUCUGACUGCAAAUUGUACAUAUAAGUUACUUGUAUAGAAAAACAUAUCAUUGUCAAAGACAAACAAUGUUUGCAUUUAAUGUUUUUAUUCAUUAUUUGUCUACUCUGUAAUAAUCCAGGCCACAUAUCACAACCUGCGGUGAUUGGGAGUGCCAUAGAGCGGCGCACAAAAGUGCCAUAGAGCGGCGCACAAUUGGCCCAGCGUCGUUCAAGU